UUCAUUUUCAAGGUUCCUCCCACCACCACUGACCACCCCCAUGUUGUAACUUGUAAGUGUUUGUUGAAUCUCCUGUCCGAAAAAAAGAUGGAAGAUAUGUUCAACCGUCUACCAAACCCUAUUAUCUCCCACAUACUCUCUUUCCUUCCAACAAAGGAAGCAGCUUCCACAUCAGUUCUCUCCAAAAGAUGGCGUCUUUUAUUCAUCUCCGUAACAAAUCUUGACUUCGAGGGAGAUGAAGAGAGUCCAACCUUUGUGGGUUUUGUGGAUAGAGUCUUGGCUUUGCAAGGGAAUGCUAAGUUAAACAGAUUCUCUUUAAACUUCACUGACUAUCCUGAUCCAGAUACUGUCACUGGUUGGAUACUAAACGUGUUAAAACGCGGCGUUUCAGAGAUUGUUCUAAGUGUUUCUGAUUAUCCUUUACCUCCUGAGAUCUUUGUUAGCAAGAGUCUGGUGAAGUUGAAGUUAGAAGGAGGAGAAGGUCUAAGUUUCACCGCUGAUGUUGCAAAAGUGUUGCUUCCAAAGGUUAAGACACUUGAGAUUGAAUCCGUUGAGUUUGAGGAAGGUGGUGUUGGGUUUGUGAAGCUUCUCUCUGGCUGUCCUGUCCUUGAGGAGUUGGUUCUGAUGAAUCUAGGGUGGGAACAUUGGAAGUCUUGCUCUGUGUUAGCUAAAAGUUUGAAGAGAUUAAAGUUUUUCUGUGAGGAUAAUGAUGAGAAUCCGAAGAGUGUUUCGUUUGAUACUCCGAAUCUUGUAUACUUGGAGUAUUCUGAUAAUAUUGCGAAGAAGUAUCCUAAGGUUAAGUUUAAUUCCCUUGUUGAAGCUCAUAUCAGUCUUAGACUCACGGAAGAUCAGAGUGCAGAUGCAGUCUCUGAUGAAGAAGAUGAAUAUUUCUAUGAAAGUGAUGAUGGUGAGGUGAAAGAUAUGGCUGGUAAUGCAACUAAUUUCUUUAAAGGGAUAUGUAAUGUUCAGAUCCUCUAUCUAUCUGCCAAAACACUUGAGGUACUUGCGUUCUGCUGUGAAGCAACACCUGUGUUUAACAACCUGAUUCAGUUAACGGUUGAGAGUGAUGAAGAAUUUGGAUGGGAUUCAUUGCCAGGUCUUCUAAAGAAUUGUCCAAACCUAGAGACACUUGUUUUCAAGGGUCUUGUCCACAAACGUACUAAAGGAUGUGGGGAGAUGUGCCUUUGUAAACCUCUGAAGGAUCCUUCUUACAUUUCAUCUUCUACUGUCAAGGUGCUAAAGAUCAUUCUGUCUGUACACAUUGAUGAUGAGGGGAGUGAAGUAGAGGAGAUAAAGCAUUUCUUGGAGAAAAUGCCACAGCUCGAUCAGUUGAUUGUUUACUUUGACAUAUCAUAUGAGCAUUCAGUGUUUGAGUUAUCCAAGAAGCUUCAGAGUAUUCCUAGAAUUGCUUCACCAAAGUGCAAUAUCCAAGUGAUCUCACAGAAUCUUAGCUUGUCCUCCACUGUGCCUUCUUCCUUGACUAAGAAAUGGUCUGCUCCUCCAAAAGAAGAGUAUACCUGGUUUCUCAAGGCUGUGACCUAAACUCAAAGCACUUGUUUCCUUUUGCUUAGUGUCUUUUGUACUCUGCUCAGCUUCUUAGUUGAUUGACUGGUUUGUUAUGCUUUAGUUAUACUUUUUUAAAAUUGAGGAUGCUAAGUUUAUGUGGUGUUAAACCACAAAUGCUUUUCUUCUGAACUCAUUCUUUGAGAGCUAA